GUAUCGUGGUAAGCUAUCGAACAAGUGCUUAUCGUUUAUUUGUACUAUUCACAACCCACUGUUACUCAAAAUAUAAAAGAUAAGAAUAUCUCAAUCGAUAAGACAAAGAAUGUCCCACGUAUCAGUCGGGUUCCUGAUUUCGGAAGAACACUACAAAUUAAAAAAUUCUUGCUUCAGAAAUGGAGUCUGAUUGGAGAACUCCCAAUGUCUAUCGUACGACACCUCAGAUGGAGAUAGCUCCUGAGAAAAGUGAAGAAGCCAAAGAACUGGUGCCCGCUCCGUCUAAACCCAAAUAUGAGUCGAACAACAUGUUUGCACAGAGCAUCUUUGAUCUGACACUCAUAACGAUCAACAUUUGCCAGAUAUGUUACGUUUUUAAAGUCGGUAUGGAUCUAGGCAUUUUGUAUUACAUAAUGACGGGGUUACUUAGUGUCUCACUAUUCUUGCUGUCUAUCCAUGGUUUCAUGGGCCUUUUCGGAAGACUACGUUGUAGUGCGCCGCUCUCUAGUGGAUGUUUCAACUGCCUAUACAAUACUUCACUCUUCAUGGUGGUGUUAAUUUACCUUGUAAAUUUAGUGUUCAACGUUUUGAGCUUGAAGGAGGCCGAAGAAAAAUGUCUAAUAAUUGUGAAUAAUUUAAAAAAUAGAACUUUGUGAUAUAUCUUACAGCAAUAAACGAAUGAACAAAUCGA